AUGGCCUCCUACGCUCUCUCCCCGGCCCACCGGGAUCAAAUGGAGAAGUCUCUCGUUGAGACUGACCCUGAGAUCGCUCAGAUCAUGGAAAAAGAAAUCCAGCGUCAGCGCGAGUCCAUUGUCCUGAUCGCUUCGGAGAACUUCACCUCCCACGCCGUCUUCGACGCUCUGGGAUCUCCCAUGUCCAACAAGUACUCCGAGGGUUACCCCGGUGCUCGUUACUAUGGUGGCAACCAGCACAUCGAUGCCAUUGAGCUCACUUGCCAGGCUCGUGCCCUCAAGGCCUUCAACCUGGACCCCGCCAAGUGGGGUGUCAACGUCCAGUGUCUCUCUGGAAGCCCGGCCAACUUGCAGGUCUACCAGGCGCUCAUGCGCCCCCAUGACCGCCUCAUGGGUCUGGAUCUCCCCCACGGUGGCCAUCUGUCCCACGGCUACCAGACCCCCGCCCGCAAGAUCUCUGCUGUCUCUACCUACUUCGAGACCUUCCCCUACCGUGUCAACCUCGAGACCGGUAUCAUCGACUACGAUACCCUGGAGGCCAACGCUGAGCUCUACCGCCCCAAGUGCCUGGUCGCCGGUACCUCCGCCUACUGCCGUCUAAUUGACUAUGCCCGCAUGCGCAAGAUCGCCGACAAGGUCGGUGCCUACCUCAUUGUCGAUAUGGCUCACAUCUCCGGUCUGAUCGCCGCCGGUGUCAUCCCCUCUCCCUUCGAGUACGCCGAUGUGGUCACUACCACCACCCACAAGUCUCUCCGUGGUCCCCGUGGUGCCAUGAUCUUCUUCCGCAAGGGUGUCCGUAGCACCGACCCCAAGACCGGCAAGGACAUCAUGUACGACCUGGAGGGUCCUAUCAACUUCUCCGUCUUCCCUGGUCACCAGGGUGGUCCCCACAACCACACCAUCACCGCUCUGGCUGUCGCCCUCAAGCAGGCCGCCACCCCUGAGUUCAAGCAGUACCAGGAGCAGGUCAUCAAGAACGCCAAGGCUCUUGAGACUGAGUUCAAGGCCAUGGGCCACAAGCUCGUCUCUGACGGUACCGACAGCCACAUGGUCCUCCUGGACCUCCGGCCCAAGUCCCUCGAUGGUGCCCGUGUUGAGGCUGUCCUCGAGCAGAUCAACAUUGCCUGCAACAAGAACUCCAUCCCUGGCGACAAGUCUGCCCUCACCCCCUGCGGUAUCCGUAUCGGUGCCCCCGCCAUGACCACCCGUGGCAUGGGCGAGGAGGACUUUAAGCGCAUCGCCCACUACAUCGACCAGGCCAUCAACAUCUGCAAGCAGGUCCAGGGUGAGCUGCCCAAGGAGGCCAACAAGCUCAAGGACUUCAAGGCCAAGGUUGCCUCUGAGACCGUGCCGGAGAUCCUCAACCUCCGCAAGGAGGUUGCCGCCUGGGCCAGCACCUUCCCUCUCCCCGUCUAA